UGCCACGGUGAGGUUGAAAACAAUCGUGGGUGGUCGAAGUUCAAGGACGGUGUUGGAGAAAAAAGUGCCCUCGACGGCGAAGUGACCAGCACAGGGGGCAAAGAUGACUGAGAAGAGGACCUCGCCAUUGGCGUGCACGGGGAUCGACGGUGUUCAACUCGACGUAGCCCGUAGAGGCAUGGACGAAGUAACGGGAGCAGGUGGAGGGGUGCGAAAGCUCGGGCAGAGGAUCAAGAAAAGACGACGAAGAGGGAGGAAGAGGUGGCGGCGGAACAGAGCGGCGAAGUAGCUAGCCAGAAAUAACUAAUAAGACAUUCACUCUAAGACGGGCGGCCAACCGGCCCGGACGAACGCGCUGUCACAGCGCCGGAUAUUGGUGAACGACGGGUGUGACCACUUGGGGCCCCCAUAGAGAGGGCCCCCAACCGGAAGAAGCCGCCAUAAGGCGGUCACAGUCUACCAGGCAUGGAGCAGUUCGAGCAACUGCUAACGUGCGCGAUAUGUCUGGACCGGUACAGGAACCCGAAGCUUUUGCCAUGCCAGCACAGCUUCUGCAUGGAACCGUGCAUGGAUGGCCUCGUUGACUACGUGCGUCGACAAGUGAAAUGUCCAGAAUGUCGAGCGGAACAUCGUAUACCCUACCAGGGUGUACAGGCCUUCCCGACCAACGUGACCCUGCAAAGAUUCUUGGAAUUGCACAUCGAGAUCACUGGGGAGCUACCAGACCCGACCAGCGGUCAAACAAUGGAACGUUGCGGCGUUUGUUCGGAGAAGAGCUACUGCUCCCUCUGCGUCCACUGUGAGAAAAAGUGCUGCCCUGAAUGCAAGGACGCUCACAUGGACAUCCUCAGGCGUGAAAUCACGCGCAUCAAUUCCCAGAUACGCAGGGGGCUGCACAGGUUGCAGGACGCGCUGGCUUUGGUAGAGAAAAACACAUUGGGACUACAAACAAACUGUGCCUCGGUCGCGGAAGAGGUGGACGAGAUUUAUCGGAGGCUGAGCAAGGCUUUGAAAGACCGCACGGAACAUCUGCGUAACGAGGUCGAUCGAUACCUGGGCACAGAGCUCAGAGGCUUGAUUCAGCUCAAAGAGAAUCUGGAAUUGGAAAUCGCGAAUAUCCAGAGCAACUGCGAUUUGGCGGAGGCUCACAUCAAUGAAAACGUGCCAUGGGACGAUUCCGAACUCCUCGAUACAAAAGAGCUUUUCCUGCGUACGGUGGAAUUCAUCAGGAACUUCGAGUACGAAGCCGGGGAUUACAGUCGGCGAGUGCGUUUUGUAAUGGCGCACGAUCCGAACCAACUGGUCCUCCAUGUAGCCGGUUACGGCGAACUGAAUAUCAAGCCAGAAACCGGAAGCGGAGGAUUGCUGGGUAGCUCGAGCAGUCUAGCACCUCCCGGAGGAUCACCGGGUCUCAUGAGAAGCAAAAGCGACCAUCGUCUGGCUUCGCAAUACCGGCAGCAGGAGGAAGAGCGACUGGCGAGAAAUCGAUACGUGCCCGAAUACGAGUACGAUGCACCAGAAUACGAAGUGCCGAGGAACAAAUCGAGAUACAGAAGUCGAUUUAUGCGACACCGGGACGGGGACGAUUCGGAUGGCGACUCGAGGUCGACCGUGAGGUUUACGUCGACGCCACAGGAGCCCUCGGGACUUCGUGAACGUGUCCUGGACACAGAAGACGCGGCACGCGGGCCACUUUCCGGGAUUUUUCGACUCACAGACUCGCCGCGUAUUAUGAAGAAGCUUCAAGAAUACGAGAGAGCCGGAAAAAGAAAGAAGGAGGAACCGGUGUCACAUCCUGCUCAACAACCUCAACCACCAAAACCUCAGGUCCAAGUCAGAAAAGUGCCGACAGCGAUGGCGAGACAAACCAGCGAGGAUGACGAGAUUUCUAGGAUUAAAAAACAGAACAAAACGGCGGCCACACCUGCGACUGAAACGCUGGAAGAACGACAACCAGUAUCCACACCUACACCUGUUCAUCCACCUCCAAGGGAACAGUCUGAACGAGAACCGGAAGAACCUGCACGAAGACCGAUGCCCGCGAGGAGAACUUCCACGGAUACCCACACUCCUGCGACGAGAAGCGCUUCAUCAGACUCGAGCACGGGCUCCGAGAGCUCAGGAGGAUCAGGAAUCCGCAGCACGGGUGCACCAUUCACCGCCGAGGAAAUGAAGCAGAAAUACUUGUCGAGAGCACCGACGUCGAACGCAACAUCUACGAUCUCGUCGCCUCACAGCGGCACACCACCGACUGCCAAAGACACCGCCAACGCCUCUCCCACUUCGCGAUCCUUUCAGAGCCGUUUUUUAGGCGCAGGUAACCGUGCAGCCCCGCCGCCACCCACGCAACCACCCCCAGCGGCGCGAGAGGAAACGGCCAUAAAGAAGAAGGAGGAAGAGGAGGAGGACGACGAGGAAACUAGUAGUUCCUCGGAGGAGACGGAAUCCGAGACCGAGGAGGAAUCGGAAACCGAUGCACAUCCGUCGGGCACGACGACCUCGACAACACCCUCGACCACUGCACAGGAUCGUCAGAGAAGCGAAUCCGCGAUGGCGAGGACAGAUAUCGGGCCUCUGCUCGCUCGAAGCGCAGAAGCUAGACGAGGUAGCAAGGAAGACUCUCCUACGACCAGGUAUUCGUCGCCGAGAGGAAGUCCCGCGCAUUCGGUGACGAGCCCGACAACUACGACGACCACGACGCCGACGGGCGGCGCCGCGACAACGCCGGCCGGCUACACCAGCAGGUUCCUGAACAAGAGCAGAAGCCAGGCGGCGAUGAUGGCGAGCCGGGAACGAGAACGGGAGCGCGAAAGAGAACGAGAACGCGAACGAGAACGCGAAAGGGAAAGAGAACGGGAGAGAGAACGCGAACGAGACGCGGACACGGAGGUCGAUUCGCCGUUGUCGACGAGGUCACGGUACGCCGCGUUGAAAGAGAGAAGACAACGGCUGGCUCGGUCCAGAAGCUCGCACAACUUCGGCGGAGAUGACCUCGACCUCGACGAAGAGCCACCCUCUCCGACGACCCAGUCGCCGAACGCUUACUUGGCUGCCAAGUACGGAGCCGGAUCUGAACUGGCCAGAAGUCGGAGUACUCACGCCUUAAAGUCGAGAGAACCGAGUCCGGAGCGUGAUAGGGUUGGCACAGAGAAGGAUGGCGCAGCUUUGAGUUCGUGGGCACGAUACUUGAAGAACAAAUACGGGAAUCGCACCACCAAAGACAAGGAGCCCUCGUCCUCCGCCUCGACGAUUCCAUCAUCGAGUGGAAGUACUACCUCGAGGAGAUUAUCGCUGGGACUACCUUUGAGGCACGGUGGUCAAACAUCCUUCGAAUCUUCUGACGACGAUCAAAAAAACCCGUCAGGCUCCCCCACGUCCCCUACAGCAGCUCCCGUUAUACCCGCGGCAGCAGGUUCCUCCACUAGGAAAUGGUUGUUGGAAUUUGACAGCAAUGGCCGGAGGAGUCACUACUUGCUGAAGCGGCGGCAGCUGUUCAAGUUCGGGAUGCGGGGGAGCGAAGCCGGAUGCUUUACCUGGCCGAGAGGCCUCGCGGUUGGCCCUGACAAUUCCAUCGUCGUAGCCGACAGCUCUAACCAUCGUGUUCAAGUAUUCGACGGUAAUGGGAACUUCAUGAAGGAGUUCGGAACAUAUGGCAGUGGCGAGGGUGAAUUCGAUUGCCUCGCCGGGGUGGCGGUUAACAGGAUCGGACAAUAUAUCAUCGCGGAUCGUUACAACCACAGAAUUCAAGUUCUCGAUCCUUCCGGUCGUUUUCUGAGAGCUUUUGGAUCCCAAGGGACCGCCGAUGGUCGGUUUAAUUAUCCUUGGGGAAUCACCACGGAUGUUCUUGGAUUUAUUUAUGUGUGCGAUAAAGAGAACCAUCGCGUACAGGUAUUUCAGUCAGACGGUACGUUCGUGGGCAAAUUCGGUUCCUGCGGAAGCGGACGUGGCCAAUUGGAACAUCCUCACUAUAUCGCGGUGAGCAACACGAACCGCGUGAUCGUCAGCGACGGCAACAAUCAUCGUAUCCAGAUAUUCGAUGUGAACGGCCACGUGCUGACCUCCUUCGGAUCCGAAGGUUCCGACGAAGGUCAGUUCAAGUUCCCAAGGGGUGUCGCUGUUGACGAUCAGGGCUACAUCGUCGUCGCCGACUCCGGUAACAACCGGAUACAAAUAUUCAGCCCAGAGGGGGCGUUCCUCAAGUCUUUCGGCGGAUGGGGCAGCGGUGACGGUGAAUUCAAGGGUCUAGAGGGUGUUGCUGUCACAUCGACCGGUAACAUCGUCGUAUGCGAUCGCGAGAAUCACCGCGUUCAAGUGUUCUGAUUUCGUUUCGUUUCGUUUCGUUGUGUUCUCUCUUAUUUCUUCUGUGAUUCGUCGACCAAGGACGUCGAACGAUCGCAAAGGAGGGCUAUUUUAAGAAAAGAAAUUCGGUAUUCUACACGGUAUUUUUCAUGGUACUUUGGAUUUUUGGUCGUAUAAUUAGGACGAGCAACACUGUGGUCCAUACUUUUGAUCAGAAGGGUUUCCAAAGGUCGACGAAUAUCGCGUGGAAAGAACGAAAAGCGCGCUUCGACGAUGAAUGAAUGAGACGUCGCGUUAACUGCUUGCUUGCGUUAGAAAUUAACAUGUAGCUGUGUUGUGCUGAGCUAAUCAUCUUACGGGGAAGCCCUUUGACACAGAGACCAUGGAAGCUUCGAUCUUUCUUUCGAGAGAUAAUAUAUUGAAACGAUUGGGUUGGAAAUUUCGUAUUCCAUUUCAAUGUAUGGCUUCGAUGCGAAUACGUCUGUGGCCGAGACGAAUCGACGAUGGAACCGAAAUGAAACUCUUGGACGUCGGCCAAUUUACGGAGUUUAGCUUGAAGAAUGAAAAAAGAAAAGGAGAAAAAAAAAUCAUUUUGUCUGUUCUUCUCUCUCGUCUUACCCCCUUUCUCUCAUUCUACCAUCUUCCUCGUACGCACAUCAUAUCCGCGUAACUUAAUUUAAUUUAUACUCAAAGUGACAACAAUACAGUUUGUACCGUUUGUAUGCUUCAAAUAAAUUGUUGCGGAAGUAAUAAAAGAGAAACGAGAAAAAAGGACGUGUCUUGUUUUGUUCUGUCCGCUGAAAAACUUCCAUUUGAAAAACAUCAAAAAACAAAAAAAGAAAAAAAGCAAAAGAAAGAAGUCACCUGUCUCACCUUCUGUCAAUCCAUUGGCAAUCUCGAUCUUAAAAAGCCAACCGUGGAAAUUAAGAGGAUUCGGUAGCUUGUGUCUUGGACGAGUGCCUAGAGCUAGAAUAGACAAAUAAGCGGGGGUGAGUCAAAAGGUAAGUGAGUCAAUAAAUAUAUAAUUUAUUAAAUGCAAUGAUGAAAUGGUGUAACAAUAGGGGGCGGGCGAACGGCGAUCAUAGGAUCGCCAUAAGGGCGGACAAGAGGGAAUACGCUGCCCCGCCCAACACCCCCGGAUCGGAAAUAUAGAUAAAAUAUUUUCGUUAUUAUUUACAAUAUUAGUUGAACGUUAGUCAAUAAAUAAUAAACAGUGGCGUAAUCCUUUAUUUAAUAUAAUUUAAUAAUGUAAUAUUACGUUUGCGAUAAUAAAAAUAUUACAAGAGAUGGAGCCUUUACCAUUAUUCGUUUCCACUAAAAGUAGCACGAACUUGUUUAAAUUAUUGCAGCCAUCGUUCCAAAAUUCACGCGAUCAGACAGAUCCCCUUGAAACCGUGUUUGACCACGUGUGUCGACGAUCGAUAUUCGUUCAAGAAACCUUUACUGCCAUCGUUCCACGGCAAAUGAUAAGUAUCCAAGAAAAUCAGCUUUCGUGAAUUUUCGAACGUGAGUAAACGUCGGCUGGAUGUAGAUGUCGAAACAGCUGUCGAAACCAUCAACCUUCCGGGAUAGUCGCUCUUCGCGAAAUCGAAUGGGAUUUAACAAAUUAAUUAAUCGGCGUUACGCUUCCUCGAUAUCCGUAUAGAAAAAUCGCAUAGACAGCGCGGAACGUCGAAACAACGCCACGCCGCCGGAUUAUCACAACGAAAGUACGCGACAUGCUUGGACGUUAUUAUCGAGUAAAAUACAGAGGGUUGAUACCUCGAUAAGACUAGAAAUAUGUUUAUGUAACGCACGGGCCAGGCAGGCAGCAAGCAGGUACAAAGUGACCGUCUUAAUCAAGGAACAGUGAGUAGAACAUGAGCUAGGCACCGAUAUCCGAUCGUUUCGACCUUUUCGACAUCGUGAUACAAACGUCCUACAGGAUGACCCGUGAUACACCAACAUGACGUCAAGAUCGAAGGUGUCGCAUCUCGUAAAAAACGCGUGGACAUACAUCUUUCCGCAAAACAUUUUUUGUACAAUAUCUUUUCUUCGUGAUGUUACUCGUAACGUGCAUAUUCCUUUGUUUCCUGAUAGAUUCAGAAUGUUGCGUGUCGCCGAUAGAACUUGUUUACUCGUUAAGAAAAUGAAUUUUUUUAUCUCUUCGAGGAUAAUCACGUGCCUGUGUAAUUUGAAACGCCAAUUGAUAGAUGAUUCUCGGUCGUGCUGGUUUAUAACGAGGCAUCUUACACGCGUAUAUAUCUCGUGCGAUUUUCUGGAGACUGGACAAUUGGAAAUAUUCGAAUCUAUAGCGCGAAUCAAUCAUUCCCAAUCAAAGGAGAAGUUUUUUUUUUUUGUUUUAAUAGUUCCUCUAUACCUACUGAUUCGUCUCUGCAUCUAGAAAGUUUAGUUUGAAAAGUGGCAUGACAUAUUUUCUCAUCUGUAUCGAGUUUAAUUAAGUAGUAAUAAAGUUAUAAUUAAUUAUUUAUAUAAUUAAUUAAAGUGGCAGCAGUUAGGCCAUGCGGCUCCUAUCAUCUAGUCGUCUUUGACUCUUGGCUUUCUUACGUAGAUUUAAAAAUUUGUUUACUUAUUAAACUUUUAUAUUUUGAGAAUAAUUUUUAUUAAGUGAUUUUUAAAGUUUAUGUAUCCUCGAAGCGCCUACCCUAGCGAUGUCUUUUAAUUAAUAUUAUUUUUUAGCAUUUUCUCAUUUUUUUCUUUUUAAUCUCGCUGUUCUCCAUACCUCGAUAUAAUCUUGGUGUACGUGGUAAUUUAACGCGAUUCUAGAGUAAUAAUGGGGAACUCUGAAAUAUUUCGUCCGCGGCGCCGGCUUUUCCAUCUGGGAACUUUUCUUAAUCGCGACUGAAAAAUACUGUGUGCAAAUAUUUUAUACUUUUUUAUUUCUUUUUAUCUUUUUUGUGUCUUUUUUUUUCUUUUUGUUCGUUCGUUCUCGAAUGUCGGAAAAGCGGCGUAACCGCCGUAUUUGAAGAUCGGGCCGCCGUCUCGGAAACUCUCGAAAAAAAUCCGUUUAUUUCGGCGUGUGUGCACGGAGCUCUAAUUCCUCUCUUCACUUUUUUUUUCUUUUUACUUAUUUUCGCUUUCUCAAAAAGUCAGAAAUUUUUAUCGUAAAAUUCGAAAGUUGAUUGCCACGCACGAAGUUGUACAAGCCCGAUAGACUAAAAAUAUUCCUAAGGUGAGAUUUCCUUUUCUUUCGUCAUCGGCCACGCUCCCCCGUUUUUUUCAUUUUAAUCGACUUUUUUUUUGUUUGUCUUGUAAUGUACUACAUACUCGCUAGCCCUCGUUUAAUAGUUUCUUAAAUAUGUAAUAAGCAAAAAUAUGAAUAUAAUAAUAGUUUUGUGUAUAUAAUAAUAAUUAUUAUUUUACUCGUCUCAUUUUAAGUAUCGAUAGGAUCGUGAUUAAUUAAUUAAUUAAUUAAUUAACAAUGAUUAAAAGAGUGUAAGAAUUUGUUAUUCUCUUUCUUUCUCUUCUUCCAUUCGCAUCCUUCCCUCUCAUCAUUAUUUUUUUUUCUUUUUUGUUUUCAUUAUCAACUAAUAAUUCUUUAAGCUUAAUGGCAUGAAAAUGCUCGUUGGAAUUGACUCGUGUGUACAGUUUAUCAUAAUUCAUUUUUCUUCUCUCUUUUCCAUUCGCGCUCCGCACAAUUAUUUAACCUCGCUACAAAAACCUCAUAGCUUGUCUUAAACACCGGAGGAUCAACACAGGAUUUCUUUACUUUUUUUUUUUCUUUAUUCUUAUAAAUCGAAGACGAGGAUCAAUCGGUCCAUCUAUCAACAGAUUCUCUCGACAAAUCUGACGGCGUAAUCUCGACCCACCAUACUGGAUUUGUCUGUCUGUCUGUCUAUUUUUUUUUUUUUUUUUUGCGUCUCGGCGACUCGCGUCCCCAAUGGACGUUGAGACGUUCGAUUUUUUGCGUAACUUUUUUUUCUUUAGUAUUUUCUGCGGAAAUACUUUCUUGGAUCACCAUUAAUUUAUCACAAUAGAUUUUUGUCUUCUUAAAUCAAUUUGAACGCGGGUACCACGGCUGUGCCCCCGUGCGCAUAUAUUCCGCCUCGCUACGCCUUAAUUUACCUCUAUUUUUUAAUUUUUAUUCUUUCUUUAUCUAAAGAACCUUUAAAAAAAUCCCCUACUGGAGAGAGAAACGGUAGGUAGUUUUGUAACAAUGUAAUCGACUAUCUUACCCUAAUAUAAUUCUACGAAGUUGAUUAUACUGUGACUUUAAGCACAGCCCGUGGAUGAAGUGCCCUCCGUUUAAAUAGAGAAAGGGCUCUUGAUUUUUUUAUGUUUUUUCUUUUUUGUUACUUUUACUUUUUACUUGUUUCUUUAAACUCUCUCUCUCUCUCUCUUUCUCUCUCUCUCUCUCGCGCUCUCUCUCUCUCUCUAUUUCUCUUAUCUUUAAUUUUCUCUAGCAGCCUUUUUUGUUCACACGCUCACUCGUCCAUGCUCUCUUUCUCUCUCUUCCUAGGUCUCAGAUAUACCAGAUUUCUCCGAAAAUAAGAUGCUUCUUGUUCAUCGACCUGAAUUGUAUUGCCUUUCUUGUUUAAAAGCGACAAAGAAAAAUUGUAUCGUGCAAGGAAGAGAUCAUUGCUGCCACCUAAUUCAAAUAUUAUGCAGUAUCAAUAUCUCCUGAACGUUCACGUACAACAGAUAUUGCACCGUGUUAUUACGGCAAUGAAACAUUCGCAUCAUGCUCGAUCGUAUUGAAAAACAAAAAGUAGAAAAGAAAAAGGAAAUACGAAAAAACGUCGCGAGAUUCGAGCCACUUUGAUUAAAAAAAAAUUCGAUUUCGCGUAAAGCUGUGUUAUAGCGAGGAACAAAUAACAAAAUAGCGUUCGAUGUACAACAGCAACGAAUAAAAAACUUGCGCGUCAGAUCUCGAUCGCCUUC